CAUGAAAUGGUAUAAAAAACUAUUUUUUCAUACCAUGGAUAUAUGCUUAUUGAAUGCUCAUGCCACGUAUUUGCAGUGAUUAGGCAGUUGUUGGAAAGGUUUCAAAAAACAGCUUCGAGAUCUGUUCACCUGGAUCUUGGAAAUAAAAGAUUCACACAAAGACAUUUUCCCGAUCUGGUUACAGUCAAGGAAGGCAGCAAAUCGGCCUACAGGAGAUGCUAUGUAUGUUCCCACAGCAAACAAAAACCUACGAAAAGAAAAGAAACCAAAUAUAUGUGUAGGGAAUGCGAUGUUGGGUUGUGUCCAGCUCCAUGCUUCAAAAUAUAUCAUGAAGAAAAUCACUUCUGAAGUAAAAUGUCUUUCGAGUUUUUUUGAUACGAUGUGCUCUUAUUUUUGUUUUUUAUUAGUUCUAGGGCUUCAAUUUUAGUUUUGAUUGACCUUCUUUAGUUCUAUUUACUGCUGUU